UUUGUAUUAUUUUUGACGAAUAUAUACUACUCCAUAUAUAAAUCUGAUAUUGAGAGUAAUUCCUUUAUAUAUUCCCCCACUCAAUAAGAUUAGCCACAACACAACCAUGUCUCGGGUCCACGAGCAGCCAAUCCCAUCGCGCCACGUGGUGGUGAUGCCGUACCCUGGGCGCGGCCACAUCAACCCCGCGCUCAGCCUCUGCACAGCCAUGGCCGAUCAGAGCUCCAACAUCCACAUAACCGUGGUGGUGACAGAGGAGUGGCUCGGCUUACUCGCCUCUGAGAAAAAGCCAUCGAACGUCGCUUUUGCCGCCAUCCCCAACGUGGUGCCGUCGGAGAAGGCGCGCGGCGACGAUCUUCAGGCCUUCGUUGCAGCGGUUCUCACCAAAAUGCAGGCGCCGUUCGAGCAGCUUCUGGACGGCGGAUCGCUGCCGCCGCCGGAUUUCAUUAUAGGCGAUGCGUUUUUGUCAUGGGUCCACGAAGUCUCCACCAAACGGAAUAUUCCGUCGGCUCACAUGUGGACCAUGUCGGCGGCGGUCUACACUGUGUUUUACCAUUUUGACCUUCUGGUUCAGAACGGCCACUACCCCGUUGAUUUGUCAGUUAAUGGAGAAGCGGUUGUGGACUAUAUUCCGGGGCUCCCACCAGUUCGUGUUGCUGAUCUACCACUAAUCAUAAGAGACCAGGAAUCCAUGCCAAAGCUCAUACAAAUAUUACCCAAAGACUCCAACGCAAAACACCUCAUUUUCACAUCCUAUUACCACCUAGAAUCCCAAGUUAUCGAUGCUCUGAAGCACCAAUCUUCACUAGCAAUCUAUACCGUGGGCCCCGUUGCCGUAUACUCGAAGCUCAGGGAUUUGAAAACGAGCAGUGGCGUGGCCGCAGCCACCGAUGACUACUUGAGAUGGCUAGACCACCAGCCACCAAGCUCAGUGCUGUACAUCUCCCUUGGCAGCUUCUUGCAUAUCUCAGCAGCCCAGAUGGAUGAGAUUGCUGCAGGGUUGCACGAGAGCGGUGUUAGCUUCUUGUGGGUGGCUAGACGAGAGGCGGCUCGGUUACAGAAAAUGUGUGGGGAAAAGGGCGUGUUGGUUGAGUGGUGUGAUCAGCUGAGAGUGCUCUCUCAUCCUUCUGUCGGGGGGUUCUUGUCGCACUGUGGAUGGAACUCGACUAAGGAGGCACUACUGGCGGGCGUGCCGGUGCUUACUUUUCCUAUCAUUAUGGACCAGACCUCGGAUGCCAAGGCCAUUGUUCAGGAUUGGAAAGUUGGAUGGAGGUUUCUGGAUAGGGAGUUUGAUGCCACAAAUUUGAAGAAGAGGGAUGAGGUUGCUGGGAUUGUCAAGAGGUUUAUGGAUUUGGAGAGUGCACAGAGGCAAGAGCUUACAAGAAAUGCAACAAAAUUGAGGAAGAUUUGUGAGGCAGAAUUUGCAAAUGGAGGCUCACACCAAACAAAUCUUGCUCACUUACUUAAAUCAAUUAAUCUAUCUUGAUCCACCUCAUGGCUAGUAAUGACCGAAUAAGCCCACAUUAUAUCUUGUACUCUCUCCAGCCAAAUAUUUAAAUUUGGAUGUAUUUUCAGUAGAACGAGGAUCCUAUAUUUAUCAUAA